AUGCAGGAUUUCUUCCAGCUAGCAGGGCUUGCAUGGAUGUGUUGCAAUGUUUUACAUAGUGAGGCAAUUGCUUUGCAACGGCCGACCUUUUUGGACUCAGCCAUUUUUGGUCAAGCGCGUUGUGCUGUCACGGGCACCCAGAUGUCGCCGCCAGAGAAGGAGCGCGACGUGGAGAAGCCGUUCCUCUUGUUCAUGUUCUUCAUUGCUGGGUCUUUCACCUAUGGAGCUUUGUUGGUCUAUCCACUCUACCAAGCCCUAGCGAAGGCCAAAGGACAGGAGGAGGUCGAUGCUGCACAGGGUGGUCUCAUUUUGAUGGUGGCAAAGUACUUGUCCAUCUUCACACACAAUAUCUUCAGCCGAUGCUGGACAACCUUACGAGGGCUUCAACUCCAAGUGUCUUGCUAUCUUCUUUUUGGAACUGUGAGCUUGGGCAUUGCAGCAGUGUCCACAGUCCCUCAGGCGGCGACAUUGAUGCUAGUAGCAUCGCUGUAUUUCACCAACUCCAACGUGAUUGCUGGCCCUUUGUGGCCAGUUCCUUCAGAAGAGCGGAGCAAGAUCAGAAUGCUUUUCUAUUAUGCUUGCUGUCCAGCUGGAUGCUUGUGGACAGCUUUGGCAUCAAUGUGCCUUGCAAGGGAGGAAUACAGGGGCUCUUGGUUCUUGCGUGCUGCUGUAGUGGUUUUACCAUUGCUGGUCACACUGAUCAGCUGGUUAAUGCUGCCUGCCGAUGGCUUCUGGAGCCCCGAGCGCAUGAAACAAGCGCAGGAAGAAAUGGAACAACAGAUAGCAGAGGAGAAAAGGCUGGAGGAAAAGCAAGAGAUAAAGAAAAAGGAGAAGGAGAAGAAGAAAGUGAGACUUUUUAAGGAUGAUGAUCAGAAAAUCGUGGAGGAAGAGGAGGAGGAGAAGGGGGAGGAGGAGGAGGAAGCUGUUGGAGCUAAUGAGGACAACAAUUCUGGAGCAAAGGAGGCAUCUAAAGAAGUAGAAGCAGAGGAGCAAGGCGGCGGCCUGCGUAUUGUGAUGGAAGUGCCGCCACUACCACCACAGAUACCAGACGAUUUGAGCACACUUUCAGGUAAAGGGUCGUCGAAAACGAGCAGUGCCAUUUCUUCUUUGCCUUUGGGACUUUACAAGAAAAUGACGAUCAUGCCGCCCCCCAUGGAAGGUUUGCAUCAUCUCCCACGUCUCAGCGCUGCAGCACGAGCCAGUCAUAGGCGAAGCCGCCGCCUUUCUUCGAGCGCACCGUGUCGAUCAUCCCGGUUUUCGGCCAGAAGCCAGGAGUCUACAGCUCGCAGACGCUCUACCAUGCAACAGGUCAGGGCGACUUUCAAAGACAGGAAGACAGCUGUUGCCAGGAUGAGCUUCUUCACCCCGAUGAACCCAAUCUUGCAACGCGAGCUGGGCAGUAUAAGAUAUGAUCGUCCCAAUCGUGCUGCCAUUUACCCGGGUCCAAUGUUCGAUUUUGACUUCAAGGAAUUCGAAGAUCCGGAGGCUGAGAAGCAAAGUCCAUGGAGAAAUGGCCGCUUUCGAGUUCUUGUUGGAACCCACUGCGCAUGUCUUUACUGCGUCACCUUCUGGGGCUACAGCGUUUUUCCCAUGCUCAUCAGUGAGCAAGGUCCCUCUUUGGAACUCAUAAGCUUCUUGUAUUCCUUGGAAGGUGCAGCCCAGGUGAUUUGUACGAUUCUGGUGAUGCCAUUCUUGGAUUCCCAGAUCUUCCUAAAGUACUUCUCCACCGCCUUCUUGCUUCUUUUCAGCGCUCCACUAGCCGUGUGUUUGUUGGGGAAGAUCCAUUGGUUCUUCUACCUGCUCACCUUGCUACUUGUGGACGUCCUUCUGUGCGUUUGCAAUGCACUUCUUGGCGUGGUUGUUCUUCGUAGCUUGCCAUGGGAUCA